AUGGCGGAAGUCGCCACCUCCACAGUACUUCUAGCAAACAAUGAUGAUACGCCGUUCAUUAGCAUGAGACAAACCAACAAUGCACAUCGCUCUUCUCAAUCCAGAUAUGAGGAAGAAUGGAAGACUGCCGCGUCUUCCACCAAACUGAAUGCUGUGUCAGGAAGGCGGCAAGAAUUGGAAAACCGCACAGUUGCCGGCGGGGCUGCAAAGAAUUCGUCAGACCUUAUGGAAGAAAAGGAAGGUCGCCAGCAGAUUCAAGAAGGAAUCGAAGGUCAAGAUGAUGCUGAGUCCCGAACCAACCAAGCUUCCGAUGGCUCCUUGGGUACUAACAAAGAGAGUGCAGAACUAAAUGGGACAGAAGCAGCCCCAUUCAGUGUUCGUGAAUCUGAAUCUGGUAUGAAUCUGAAGCAACAAGCUGGGACCGGAGACGAAACUUGCGAGACUAUUACAGUCAGUCCCAAUCUUUUGAACCUAUCCGCUAGUGAUCAUAGCGUUCGAUGUCACACCAUCAAGAAACCCAAUCGAUGGCGAAGCCUUGAUAUGAAUGCGGUUCAACAACAAAAGCCGAGGCGUGCGUCGUUGGAUCCAGCAGAGUCACCCAUGUUUGGAAGACCCCGUCAAUGGCAAAAAGAUCUCAGUCUAUCUACAGAAAGCAAUGGUCACCGAAUUGUUCGAGAUCGGAUUCAAAUUCACGAGCUUGAGAAGAAGGUUUCGUCACUGCUACAUGAAUUGCAUGAGUCCAUUGAACGAGAGACUGAUCUGGAAGAAAAGAAUUUGUCGUUAACGAAUGAAAACGACUUGCUGAAAGAACAAAUUGCAAAGUUGCAACAGCAAGUAAAUGUUACCAAGUCAUCCAUGUCCUCAGCGAAAAGCUCCAAUGAAGCCACUGUAGCUUCGUCCACGUCAGCGGAAUCAUCUAGCCAAGAUCCACUAUUUCACGACUCUGAUUCCUCCAAAAAGGACAAGGAAGCAACUAGUAAGACCCAAGACCAUGCCCAACUGCUCGAAAAAACGGCAAAGAAUCAAAAGCAGGAAUCGUCUAAAGAAGUACUAGGCAUGGAGGGCAUGCCACAAGAGACUGAGGCCACUCUUUCCAAUCAUGAAGAACAUGCACCAGUAAAGAAGUCCUUGGAAUCGAUGGCUGCUGUUCUUGAGGAGCCAGUAACACCACAGCAUGGAACUAAAAAUGCCGAUGAGCAAAAGAAGGAAGAAAAGCACCAAGUGCACGAGAAGCAAGUAGACUGGACUCCACCGGCACCUUUUCCGGCGGCCCGGGCUACAGCCCCUCCCGUACCGCAUUCACCAGCGCCACGACCAAAAGGUUUUUACAUUGAUACUUGUGACAAUUCCACUCUAUCCUAUUCGCUCUACAAGGGCAUGGCUGAGAUUUACGACGGCACUGUGGAUACGGGUAUGAAAGGUGAAGAUCAAGAAGUACCAAGAACCGCACAACAAAAUGGAACCACGGAGGAGGAUGACGAUGAAGAGAACUGGGAAUUCUUGACGGAACGACUCUCUUUGUAA